AUGAACAAUUAUAAUAUAUUUUUCUGUUUUGCAUUGAUUGCUUUGUGUUCAGCUGGUGUAGUUCCGACAGGUUAUCAUGUUCAACAUCAACAUUAUCCCACGGCUCAUGGAGAAGGUCAAGUUUAUCAUCAAUCGGCACCGAUAGUGUUACAAACAGUACAACAUUUAAGCAGCAGCGGUGGGGGUUUAGCUGGUGGCUACGAAAAUAAUGGAGGUGAACAUAACGACUAUUACCAUCAUCCAUCAUACAAAUUUGAAUACGGUGUAAAAGAUUCAAAAACUGGUGACCACAAAAGCCAAUGGGAACAUAGAGACGGUGAUGUCGUUAAAGGGGAAUACACUUUGGACGAAGCCGAUGGAACCAAACGCGUUGUUAAGUAUCAUGCUGACGAUAAAUCAGGAUUCAAUGCGGUCGAAGAAAAGAUUGGCCAUGCCCAUCACCCACAACAUUAUGAACAUCAUGGACAUCAAUUUUAA